ACUCGCCCAACAGAGGUUCCCAAAAAAAAAAGACACACACAUUGGACACUUUGUGGAAGAGCUAAGGAGAAAAAGAGGAGUUCGAGGACAGUUUGAUGCGAAAAAGGCGAAAAUAGGCGUGUGUGUAGCGUUAGAGAGUCAAAAUGGUCGCAACCAAGCACCGAAUUUCGUCACGGUUCGAUAAGUCAGACAAUCUAGACGACUGGAUCCGUAAGAUCAAGAACAAAAAGUUUGUCGUCAAGCGUGAAACCCGCGGACAGGACCUGCGGGUCCUGGCGAUGCUCAGCGGAGCGCUUUCUCACGCCGAAGAGUGCCUGCGGCGUGAGAAAAUCCGCAAACAGGAAGAUCGGGCCGUCAAGUGGGCCCGGAUCCGCUCGCGUCUCGCGGAACCCCCGCGGAUGUACUGUGACCUGGAGGAGGAAGAGGACGAAAAGGCCCGUAACGCGUCCAACGUCAUCUGGAGUGAAGACUUUAACGGAAUUAACAAUUUCAUAACGGAACUGAACAGUAUCAAAACCACAAUUAGCCGAUAGACCGCUGGCCUUGUAGCAGAUUUGGUUAACCUUUGCUUUCCAAAAUUCACGGUACUUGAGUUAGGGAACGCCCCUCACACCA